AACCGAUCGGGAAUUGCCAUUUCAAUGGCGGCAGGCAGUGAACAAACACCACCACCACCUUUACGCGAUCCGUAACUACUCGCAGUAGUACUCACGCUGGACUGCGCCACUCUCUGCAAAGCAGCCAUGGCCACCAAAAACCACCCCCACAACGACGCAAAAUACACACACCUGCUGACUAUCAAACCCUAAUUUCCCAUUUCAAUGGACUAGAAUUUCCAUUUGCGGUGACUGCGGAGGGCGAAAGUGGAGCCAAAUGGAGGGAGAUCCGCGAGGGGAAACCUUAGAAUUGAUCAGAUAGAAUGAAUCAGACGAAUCUGAUGAUGAUGGUGGCGGCGAGAGAGGAAAGGAGAUUCAAGGAGGAGAGUCGAGUGAAUUGGGUCUGAGGAUGGAGUCUUGGGACGAGACAACUCAGUCCCGGACAAGAUUAAGAGAGAGAGUGGGUGAUAGAUGGUUGAGAUUUAAUCAGGGUGAUAGACGGUUGAGAUUUCCUACCACAAAUAAAUGCAGAUUCUGAGCUCCAAAAAGAAAUGGCAUUUCUGAAAUUGUCUGCAAAACCAAGGGCGUUAUAAAGAUCAGACCCAGCAGCCAAGAUAAGAUAGUUAGGAUAAGGGAACUACAAUCAUACUCCUCGGAACCUGGUGUUUUUGCCUUACUCACUCGGAAGCGCAGUAAACGAUGGAGUUGGCUGUGCGCCAAAUAUCAUUUUCUUACCUUCCUAAGAUCAAUGUAAAGCCACGAGAGCAAAGAAGAAGACAAUCAUCAUUGGUCUCUUCUGCCCUACCUGAAACAGUGGCUUCAAUAGCGAUUGCUGCUACAGUCGUUGGUACAGCAGCUACGGUUCUUGCAAAGAGAACCAAAGCUGCUGAAGAAGCUGAGGUUCCUAUGAAAAUAUGUGAAGCCUGUCGUGGUUCUGGUAUAUGUCCUGAAUGCAAAGGCGAAGGCUUUGUACUCAAGAAACUCUCUGACGAAAGUGCUGAGAGGGCAAGAAUGGCUUCUAAGAAUAUGGCCACUCGAUACACAGCAGGGCUUCCAAAGAAAUGGAGCUACUGCACAAAAUGCUCUUCUGCGCGAUCGUGCCUUGCCUGCAGUGGCCGUGGAAAGAUAGCUUUGCUGUAACCAUCUUUGUGCUUUGAAUAGAGGAGACUACUUAGUGAUGAACAUGUAAAAGAAAAUUCGUCUUGCAGGGCGCUUGUACUUUGGAAGAUUUGAAGUGCUCUCAUUUGUUUUGUUUUCUUUAGUUGCAGAAAUUUCUUGUAUAUCAAGUAACAGGUGACCUAUAUAUUCUUUUGUAAUAUAUUUGCCUUUGUACUAUCA